ACUUGUUUUUUUUAUGGGAUUUGAGUUGAUAAAAGUGGGUGGCAUUGUGUUCCCAUGCUUGAAGUUGCUUAAAUUGGGGAUCUGGGAGUUUGGUGAGGUCGAGCCAUGGCUUUAGCGGUAAGGCCUAAUACAAACGCCUUCAGCAGUAAGAUUAUCUCGCUCUCAUCCUAUGACCGAACCAAGAAAGGAAGUCUUGAACUAGGGUUUGUGAGGAGGGAUUUUGGAGUAAAGGGUCGUAUUGGUACACUCUCCCUGAAGUGUUCUCUGGAGCGCAGCAGCAAUAGCAAUAGCAACGAUGGAAAGAAAGGAGGUGUAUCGAAUUCGAAUUAUGUGGUGCCGCUGGACAAUUCAUUUCCUUUCUCCAACUCAUCCUGCAUAACUCGUCCUUUAGCCGAGAUACUCCGUGACCUCAAUAAAAGAAUCCCCGAUACUAUCGUCAAAGCUCAUGUUCCUGACGAUCCUUCGGCUUCCACCUUUAUCCCCUGGUAUCACGCCAACAGGAUGUUGAGCUUCUAUGCCCCAGGAUGGUGUGGAGAGAUACGUGAUGUCAUCUUCUCUGACAAUGGCAGUGUGACUGUGGUAUACCGUCUUACUGUACGAGGAUCUGAUGGUGAGGCAUAUCGUGAGUCAACUGGGACAAUUUCACCUAAUGAUGGCUCCACUGUUGAUCCAGUUUCAGCCGCCGAGGAAGUCGCUUUCUGCAAAGCUUGUGCCCGGUUUGGUCUCGGCUUGUAUUUGUAUCAUGAAGAUCAAAUGACCAGUACUUAAGCUUCCAAAUCUUAGUUGGCUUGUUAUGAUGUUCUAUUGGUUUCUUCUCAUUGAUGUGAAUAGAAGUAGACAAUAUGCGGCUGUUAGUUACUCAUCCAGUACUGUCAAGUAUUGGGAAAAACUAGAAACCAUAUCUUUGUUUUGUACGAAUUCGAAUGCUUUAUGCGAAAGUACAUUUUUCUGUAUUACUUGGGUACAUUUUUGGUGUUGUCUAACGCAAAGCACCUUGCAAGUGUUGUAUUCAUAUAGCACCUAUAUCAACCGCUCGAUAUAAUAGUACUUUAAACAAGGGUUUUGAUCUAUUACCAGUUACUGGUUUGAAUUAAAGUUAUUUUAAGUUAUGAAA